GGUACGCGGCUGUCCGCCAUGUUGGGACGUUUGCUCUUCUGGUUCAAGUUAGAGGUUUCACCAGCACCAGGGAUCCCAGAAACAACUGUCUGAUCCACUAUAGCUGCAGGUAGUGAGGAAAUGGACCUGGACACGUUCUUCACGGCUGUGGAGGAAGGUGACGUGCAGACUGUGAGGAGGGGACUGGACGCUGGGGUGGACGUUAGGGCCAAGAGAGAAUGGCGCAUCUGGGAGCGAACAUCCCUGCAUGUGGCCAGCAGGUCCGGGCAGACUGCAGUAGCAGAACUGUUGAUCAAACACGGCGCUGAUCUGGAGGCGAGGGACAGAAUCCAGAACACACCUUUGCAUUAUGCUGCUUCUGGAGGCCACACCGGGACUUGUGAGCUUCUGAUUCGUCAUGGGGCAGACGUGACGGCCAGGAAUGACGACACACCUUUGCAUUGGGCUGCUGAUGUGGGCCACACCGGGACUUGUGAGCUUCUGAUUCGUCAUGGGGCAGACGUGACGGCCAGGAAUGUGGCCGAGAACACACCUUUGCAUUGGGCUGCUGGUGGGGGCCACACCGGGACUUGUGAGCUUCUGAUCCGUCAUGGGGCAGACGUGACGGCCAGGAAUGUGGACGCGGUGCAAGAAAGGUCCUACCAUGAGCUGCUGCAGAAGUCUGGCGGAGUGAAGAUCGACAGGUGUAAGACGUUCGUGUUUGGAAUGGCGGGAACGGGAAAGUCCACACUGAAGAUUAGCUUUAAAAGAGUACGGGUGGAUGUUGGGACGUUCCAUAUUCCAGGGGUGGGGGAGGUCAGCCUGUGGGAUUUUGCUGGGCAGUCGGAGUACGCGGUAACCCACAGUAUGUUCAUGGAUGCAGAGAACACCAUCUUCAUUGUCCUGUACAACAUCAUGGUCGACACCGAGACACAAGAAAAACAGGUCCACUGGUGGCUUUGCUUCAUCAAGUCCUGCAACCCAAACCGCCAGCCUGACGUCAUCUUAGUGGCCAGCCAUGCGGACAAAGUGUCACUCAACACAGGGAAACGCCGAGCUGCCCAACUUUUGCAACUAAUGACGUCAGAGUUCAAGGACCACCUCCGUAUCUCAGACGAAGUGUUCCUGAUGAACUGUAAGGAAACCAGAACACCUGAGAUGGACCGACUCAAGAAACUGCUGGCUAAGAUGAAGACGGCCAUGUUGGAACACCAACGGAAGAUGCCCAAGCUGUGCGCAAAAAUCAUGAAGCAGCUGCCCAGCUGGUGCCAGACGAAGUGCAGCCCGAAGUGUCCUGUACUGAGGUGGCCAGACUACCUGGACGCAGUCAAAGAGAUCGACCCACAUGUGGAUGAGGACUUCCUACGGGAGUCUACACGGUAUCUGGACCAUCUCGGGGAGAUCAUCUUCAUCUGUCCGAGUUCUUCUGAUCCCAUCAUUGUCCUGAAGCCCAACUGGCUCUGCACAGACGUCAUCGGUCCAAUGAUGGCACCAGUCAACUUCCCCAUUCCCCGCCCGGAGAGAACAAGCGAAGACUACGUCACCAGGGAGGAGAUCGAGCGCGUCUUCCAAGACGUUGCUGACGUGGAUCUCCUCAUCACUCUGCUGCAAGAGUUCCAGCUCUGCCACUCCUAUGACGGACAGACCUUCAUCUUCCCAGGGCUGCUGACACAAACCAUGCCUGCUGACAAGUGGCAACCAACGCCUGAGCCAAAGGUGGUCUACUUUGGGAAGCAAGUCCAGUGUGCCGACUCCACUGACAUGUUCUCCUCCGGGUUCUUCCCCCGAGUGCAGACCCGCCUGAUGAGGGAGCAGGAGAAUCGCCCGCUGCUGUGGAGAGAUGGUGUCAAGUGUGUGGACGGGGAUGUGGAAGGUCUGAUCAAACUCUCUCCGGACGGCCGUACAGUCAACAUCUGUGUCCGGAGUGUGCAGGGUGACAAGGAGCAGUGUGGCAAGAUGCUGCAGCAGCUGGAGAACAUCAUCGCUGAGGUGCUGGAAGAAAGCAGCCCAGGGACAGGCACAGUCGAGAAGGUGCUCAGCGCUCGUGCACUGAAGGAACACAGGGAGGAAUUCUACUCCUACGGCAUGGAGGAGAUCAGCAAGGCAGCAGCAGAGGGCGGUAGAAUCGUCCACCCCAUCCUCGGGUUCACAGAACAGGUCAGUGACCUGCUGUACGUGGAGACCCCGCUCACCAGGAACCGCCCAGAACUGGUCCAGGCCUUGCGGCACGUGGAGCCAAUCCUGGACCACCUGCAGGCACGUGACAUCCUGACUGUGGAGGAAUGUGACGUCAUCAGGGCCAACGCCACGCCCCAGCAUCGCGCACGCGCACUGCUGGACACCGUGGGGAGGAAGGGAGAAGACGCAGUCCAGGUGUUCCAGUCCGUCCUGGGGGAGGUUGACGCCCGUGCAGCAGACAUGCUGAUGGCCACACGGCAGGCCGAUGAGGUACAAGACAAAGAAGACCAGCUGACUAGACACCGUCCUGAGCUGGUACAGGCCCUGAGGCACGUGGAACCGGUCCUGGACCACCUGCAGGCCACGGAGGUUCUCAGCACCGAGGAGUGUGACGUCAUCAGGGCCAACGCCACGCCCCAGGACCGCGCACGCGCACUGCUGGACACCGUGGGAACUAAGGGAGGAGACGCACGUCAGGUGUUCAAGGUCGUCCUGGAAGAGGUGAACCCGGAGGCGGCGGAAAUGUUGGAGUAAAUUUGGACUUAAAGGCUUGCUCAGAACUUACUUAACGUGCUUGUGCUAAACAUCUAAAUUUGUGUCAUUUGUGACAUAGAAAACUGUGUGAUACUGACAUGUGCGUUUUUGUUCUUAGCACAUAAUAUUUGUUUUCCUUAAUCAUUGUUGAUAUCGGAGUGUCAGGAGUUCAGGACCCUACUUAGCCGACUACUUUCUGCUUGUGGCAGCGUUGCUUUCAAACACUGGCGUUCCUAUUUGUGCAUAGCUACUCACUACAAGCCGGAGGCGGAAAAAUGCGAAGUUCAAUUUAUUCCAGAGCCCUUGUAUGUGCAAAGCUCCUAGCAAGUAGCAAAACAAACAUUUAAUAAUACAUGUAUGUGCUUAAGAAUGAGCCAAAAGGUAGAUGUUUCAUGUAUGGAUAUCCUUUAUUUUGUUCAGAUCGGAAUACCAGAAUCAGACUAUUUGCUUCUUGCGUGUAUUAUAGAGAUAAUUCUUCUUUAUCUGAUGCCAGUUGCAAUUAUAACAGUUUUGGCGAUAUUUGCAAUAAGUGAAAACACACUUUUACUAACUGUCAUGUUAGACCAGAAGCACUAUAAAAUCAAUACAGUAAACGUUAAAACGGUUCUUUCACCGCUCACGCUCUCAAAGCACAUCUUUUAACAAGGACAUGAUUGCUUUUAAGAAAGUCGUAGCAGCUGGAAAUAAAAUAUAAUUGUCUACAAUAUGGAAAGGUUUCAAUGAUUAUCAUUUUAAUAUAGGUUUGAUCAUUAAAGAUCAUUAAAAAUACUACAAAAGUGCACAAUGUGGGUAACUCUCACUGAUUAUCAUGUGAGCAUAUUUGACUUCUGAGCUAUGAGUAGAAACAUCAGGUAAAUGAACAAGAUUUGUUCUGAAUGUAAACUUCUUGUGUUGGGUUAACGUUUUGUGAAUACUUCCUCAUAGAUGUUCAACAAAACACCUGUAGUCAAUACAAAAUAAAAUACAUAGACGAAGUAUAAAGACAUUCCUUCAAUGUACGGAUUUGAAAUGAAACAUAUGAUCAAAGGAUAUUGC